AUAAUCUGGGCUGGGUGGGACAAAAGAUGGUGGGUGUAUUUUCCAGAUUUUCUGCCAUUAAUAAAAUAGCUGCCCAUAGAAGAAGCACAAGUGCCACUGAAGAAAAGACCGCAUUGCCCCCAAGCCUGCCGGAGGCGGCGGCAGCAGGAGCUGAUGUGGCUGCCACAACCUGCGACAUGGAUGAGUUCAAGCCGGUUCAGCAUCCCAAUGAGCCUCUCGACGACGACCACCCAGUUCAGUGCCCUUUCCCAGAACCAUCAUCAUCAGUCUUCAAUGGAAAAAAUAUUGUUACUGGAUCACAGGAUGGAAGAAAAUGGAAGGAGAAAGAGGAAGCCGUCGUGGAGCCAGAGACGAGUGCAACGAAACCAAAACCACGGAUUCUGCCAUCUAUAAGUGCACCAGAACAUAAUGUCCUAAGUUUGCUUGAUGAAUCUGUUCCAGUUCUUGAGCAUUAAGAAGUCAACCAACUUUUGUUUUCUAUAUUGUUUUUUUAAAAAAUGUGUAUAGUUUAGUUUUAAAGUUUUAAAAUAAGGUUGGUCCAGCCCCUAUAAAAUAAGGAUAGCUGUCUAAACUAUGACACCUCAGCUGUUGGAAUAUAAUACUCCUAAUACAUAAAAUAUUACCAUGUGA